GGGAGGGUCUCUCGGAGCGUGUCUCCAUGGCAACAGCGAAAAGAUGGCAGCUUCUGCUCCGCGACCAUUCCUAUCCGCUGGUGUCCUCCUCAGGUUGACGUCCCAGGCGCGCUAACUCCGAAAAAGAGCUCAAACCUGCACCUGCUCAAGCUCGUGCGCCACAAUAGCAGCGCCAUGCGGGACAAACAGGAAGAGGAGUUGUCGACCGAAGCGACUGAUCAGCCGAAUGGUGACAUCGCCAAGGGUGAAUGCGAGCCACUGCAGCCACAACAGCAGCAGCGCAGCAAGACGGUCUCCGGCACGGGCUCUUCUUCAGGAGACGCACCGGAGGCACCAUCGUGCGAACUGCGCGAGGUGGCGAGCCAGUUCGUGAGCGACCUGAUCCACCGUGCCCGUGAGGUGGCACAGAGGCAGCAGUUCCGCAUCGACGAGGUCGACGAGGAAGACGAAGAGGAAGACGCCCCGCCGCCCAGGAGGCUCACCGACAUCACGGCGGGACCCGUCAAGACUCCUCCCGAGAUCCAGGUGGAUCUGGUGGGAUCCCGGACGCCCAGUCCGGAAGAGGUGGUGACGUACAUUGCGCCCGAGAGGUCGACCAAGAAGAAAGUGGUGGUCAUCCACGACGAGCCGUCCGACAGCGAUGGAGAGACGAGCAGCGAUGCCAGUCCGGACAGCUCUCCGCGUGCCAAGCUCAUCUCGGAACCCCUGUCGCAGCAGCAGCAGGACUGCAAAGACAUUGCCGACCUCAAGAAUGAUCCGGAGCUACGGGAGUUUGCCGUCGCCUACAUUAAAGGGAUCCUGGAACAAGCGCAAGUUCUCGCCCAAGAGAGGGCUCCGGAAAAGGCCGAAGAGCUUGUGACAGAAAACACGGCGUUGAAGAAGGCUGCCGGUCCGUGGUACUCACGCAUCCGGGCCGCCGUCACCCGCUGUCUUCGCACCGGAUGCCUGUGCGUCGUCCGGAGGCAGGCGCCGCCCUGAAAUCGUUGCUGCCAUGGUCGUCGUCCCAAUUAGAAGCUGCCGGCGUCCACUGGUAUCGUCAUCAACUGCGCCGGUAUGCUUUGUAACCGUCGUCUCCUGGGCGCGCUGUCCUUACCACGGGCUCCCAAGAAGCUCGACGUGAUGGACAUCUCUGUCUGUAUGUGUCACCGCUGCCUCGGGCAGUUUGUGUUGUAUACACACGCGGCCAACCCCCUACAUGUGUUCCUGUAUGCGCUGCUUCAUUAUCGUGGCCGUAAAAACUCUGCACACACACCUGUCGUAAUGCGGAAAUGCCCAAGUAGACCCAAUUUACGGAUCGUGAAUGCGUCCUCAAUAGAUCGUUUAGAACGCUCUGCUGUGGCCUCAACCUUUAAUAUGGCACGACAAAAAGUACACACAUGAAGGAUGGAACAAGUGCCAACUUUCAAAUGAUUUAUUCAGGCAAGCUUACGCUGAAGUAAACAUGAUGCGCGUGGGUGUAUAAGCAGUAAUCGGAACGAAUGCCAGUCAAGAAGGAACAA